CCCCGUGUACCCAGUGCCGUUUCCGCCCGGCCCGGGGAGAAGCCGCCGCUGCCGCCGGGGAGGGGCCGCCGCUGCCGCGGCUGAGCGCUCGCUCUCGCCGGCUGCCCGGGACACGCCGUGGCGCCGAGCCGGGCCUGGUGCCGCGCAGGGGCCCGGGGAACGGGCCGGCCAGGUUUCCCCAUGUCCGUGACGUGUUGGCCGAGGCUCUGCGGCUCCUCUCCGCCCUCGGAGCGGCCAGUCGCUGCCCUCUGGACUCCGUGAUCCCCGACGGGCGUCAUGAGCAUUGCAAUCCCUCUGGGAGUCACCACACCAGAUACGUCCUACUCCGACAUGGCUGCAGGAUCGGACCCAGAGUCUGUGGAAGCUAGUCCAGCUGUCAGUGAGAAGAAUGUGUACUCCAGCCACGGCUAUGGGGCCACCCAGAAACACAGCUAUCGCGGGCUGCCUUACGCAGAUCAUAAUUAUGGAGCUCCUCCUCCUCCAACGCCGCCAGCCUCUCCUCCUGUCCAGACCAUUAUACCUCGUGCAGAACUGAAUGGCCUGCACUCGCCUGAUGAGGAGAACUCCGGGGAUAGUGAGAGCUCCUCAGAAGGAGAAUCAAUUCCCACUUGGUGCCACUGCAGUGUCUCCCAAGAUGGUUUCCUCCUCAAGUGUGAAAAGUGCAGAGGAAUGAGCAGGGGGAAGGUGAUCAGACUCCGCCACCGGAAGCAGGACAACGUGUCAGGCGGGGACAGCAGUGCCACUGAGAGCUGGGAUGAAGAACUCUCUCCCUCCACAGUGCUGUACACGGCCACGCAGCACACGCCGACCAGCAUCACGCUGACCGUCAACCGCGUCCGCAGGAGCAAACCCAAGAAGAGGAAGAGGAGUACAGAAAAGGCUCGUGCUGCUCCAAAGGCCAAAAAGAUCAAGGCUUUUCGAGAGGGCUCACGAAAGUCUCUGAGGAUGAAGAAUUCCCCUUCUGAAGCACAUGCCUUGGAUGAAAACACAGCUGAAGGGUGGGAGAAUCGGAUCCGCCUCUGGACGGACCAGUACGAGGAAGCCUUCACCAACCAGUACAGUGCUGAUGUGCAGAACUUGCUGGAGCGUCACCUCAACUCUAAUAAAGACUAUGUGGGCAAAACUGCUAUGCUGGACACAAUCAACAAAACAGAGCUGGCCUGCAAUAAUACUGUUAUUGGGUCCCAGAUGCAGCUGCAGCUGGGAAGGGUGACUCGGGUUCAGAAGCACCGGAAGAUCCUGAGGGCAGCAAGAGACUUGGCACUAGAUACCCUUAUAAUUGAGUAUCGAGGGAAAGUUAUGUUACGGCAGCAAUUCGAGGUCAAUGGGCAUUUCUUCAAAAAGCCAUAUCCCUUUGUGCUGUUCUACUCCAAGUUCAAUGGCGUUGAGAUGUGUGUUGAUGCCCGCACCUUUGGUAAUGAUGCCAGGUUCAUCAGGCGGUCCUGCACUCCAAAUGCAGAGGUUCGUCAUGUGAUUGCUGAUGGGAUGAUCCACCUGUGCAUCUAUGCUGUUGCCACCAUUGCCAAGGACACAGAGGUUACCAUCGCCUUUGACUAUGAGUACAACAUCUGCAAUUAUAAAGUGGACUGUGCGUGUCACAAGGGGAACCGGAAUUGCCCUGUGCAGAAACGUAGCCCAAAUGCUGCAGAACACCUACCUCCACCUGUUUUAGGCACACUGAUUGGGGCAGAAACACGCCGGCGAAAGGCCCGUCGAAAGGAGCUGGAAAUGGAGCAGCAGAGCCUUGCGUCGGAUGAGAACGGCACUCAGCAAACUGAGGAGGCUCCUGAGGGACCUGCAGCAGUCAGUGACAGUGAGGUGCCAGAGAAGGAGGAGAAACAACAAGGGGAGAAAGAGGAGCCUGUAGAUGAACAGGGAGCCUUGGUCCACAGCAGACGGUCCCGGGAAGACCGGAAGGUGGAAGCCAUCAUGCACAUGUUUGAGAACUUAGAAAAGAGAAAGAGGAGACGAGAGCAACCAUCAGACCGUAACAGCACUGAUGCUGAAACCAACGUCAAUUCUGAAGCUCCUGAGCUGGAAAAAGUGAAAACAGAGACUCCUGAAACUGAAGAUGGAAGUUCAGCACUGAGUGCUAGUCCUGCUCCUCCACCUCCUCCUCCUCCACCUCCUCCUCCUCCUCCUCCUCCUCCUGCUCCUCCUGUUUCUAACAGUACCAGCAGUACUGGGGUGAACACACGACGCUCCUCACAAGUAGCGGAUGCUGUCCCCGAAAAAACAGUGGCUAAGCCAGCUCCAGCAAAACCCUCCAGGCCCCGACCAAAAAGCCGCUUCUCUCGAUACCGGACCAGUUCAGCACAAAGACUGAGAAGGCAGAAACAAGCCAGUUCCCAGCAAGCUGAACUCACACAGGCUGUCCCAGAGGAAGGAAGCACUGCCAGCUUGGUAACCACAACAGAUGUCAGCAAUGUGGAAGGGCCAGGAGAAGGCAGACAGUUGACAGGAUCUGACCCAACUGCUAUCCUGGCUACAGGAUCCCAGUCUAAAGCUGCAGUAAAGUACCCCAAAACAAAAAAGUACCUGGUUACCGAAUGGCUGAACGACAAGGCAGAAAAGCAGGAGUGUCCAAUUGAGUGUCCUCUGCGCAUUACUACAGACCCAACAGUUUUGGCAACUACCCUAAAUAUGCUGCCAGGUCUCGUGCACUCCCCACUGAUUUGUACCACACCUAAACACUACAUUCGCUUUGGUUCGCCUUUCAACCCUGAGAGACGUCGAAGGCCCUUCCUGCUGGAUGGCAUUUACAGCUCCUGUAAGAAGCGCUGGAUCAAACAAGCCCUGGAAGAGGGGAUGACUCAGACCUCAGCAGCUCCGCAAGAGAACAGGACCCAGUGUCUAUACCAAAGCAAUGAGAACAGCAGCUCCUCCAGCAUCUGCAAAGAUGACACAGACUUGCUGAGUCCCCUGAAGAAAUGGAAGUCACGCUACUUGAUGGAGCAGAACGUGAAGAAGCUGCUGCGGCCGCUGUCCCCCAUCACGCCCCCUCCUCCCGUCCCUCCGGUACCCGGCACAGCGAGCCCUCAGCUGGCCACGCCCUGCUCGUCUCUGCCCGCCGAGGAGGAGACUCGCAAUGGCUACGGCGUCAUGUUCUCACCCAUCCCCUCUCUGGCUGCCAGCCGCUGCAAUACUCCACUACAGUUCGAGAACGUGUCCUCCCCCGAGAGCUCCCCUGCGCAUAGGCCCGAGUCCAUGUCACCUGAGGUCUGCCUCCGUUCCGACAUGGAUUCCAAGGGUGGGUACCUGGAUUCCAGUGCAAACACCUGCCAGGAACGGCCAUCGCUGCUCAGCUUUGCAUCCUCUGAUGUGGCUCCACAAUCCUCCAUAAACUCUACUUCAGAGAUGAACUUCCCAGGGAAAAGUGGGGAAGCACAGAUGCUGCUACGAAGCUCUGAUCAGGCUUUUCGGACAGAGUUUAAUUUAAUGUAUGCCUUCUCCCCAUUGAACGCUAUGCCCCGCGUGGAUGGGCUGCUGCGGGGCUCUCCUCCUUUGGCAGACAGGAAGCCCAUUAAUUCGGACGCAGGAUGCUGCAGCUCUCCUGCAGAAGGGUAUUUCAGCAGACAUGAGUCAGGGCUGCUCAAAGAGACAACACAUGGGUCCAUGUCCCCCUGCAGCGAGAGGGCUGCUGAAGGCACCAGAGCUGCUCCCCAGAAUCCGCCACAAAGGAAGAAGGUGUCGCUGCUCGAGUACCGCAAGCGGAAGCAGGAGGCCAAGGAGGGCGGCGAUGGCGGGCGCGGCGCGGGGACCCCCACCCGGCAGGGCAGCGGCGGCUCCGGGGCUGACACGGACGGGAACGGCCCCUCGGGCUCUGCAGCACGAACUCCGUCCUCCCCACAAAGUGGCUUCUCCCCUUCUCAUCCCUCCCUGCCUCACGUAGAGGACGUCAGCCCACCAGACUCGAGGGGCUGUAGUUCCUCGUCAUCGCUCAGUAAAUCCCAGGAGAGCAUCAGCAGUAGGUGGAUGGUGCCGAAGUCGGUGGAGCGGCUGCGGGAGGGCCGGGGGAUGCUGGAGAAGGUGCUGCGGAGCGGGGCCAAGGUGGCCCAGAGACACGAAUCCUCCCCUACCCAGGACUGUGCUCCUGAGAGAGAUGCAGACGCAGCAGAAGGAGACACUCCAGAAGCCCAUAAAGGACCAGCAGUUUACAGUCCUUCUCGAUACAGCUACCAGCUGCUGCAGUCUGACAGUCCCCAGGCAGAAUCACAGACCCUGCUCCAGCAGAACUCCUCCCCGUACAGAGGGCACCUCGCGUCUCCUGGAUACAGCUACCGAGCAGCAGCACAGAGGACAGGACACAGCCUGUCCCACAGUUCCUCGGAAACAUCCCUCUCCUCCACCUCAUAUUCCAGCCCUGCCCACUCGGUCUCCACAGACUCCUCUGCCCUGUUUGCAGGGAAUUCGGGGUAUUUCAGCAGCCAGCAGCACUCUGGCAGUGUCAGCAGCAGCCUCCUGAGGAAGAGCUGCCCUGCGGCUGCCAGCCCGGCACAGCAGCCAGCUGUGGACUCUCUCUCCUCGGAGUCGGGCCCCCAGCCCUGCACAGGCGUGUCGGGCUCUUCCUCCGCUCCCCAAAGCGCUCGCUCACUACAGUCAGACUUGCGGACUAUCAGCCUGCCGAGCUCGGGCCAGUCUGUGCUCUACCAGGGCUCCCGGGGCGCAGUGAUUUCCAAUGCACAACACUAUUCGCACCGCGGGGGAGGCAGUGUCCAUCAGUACAGACUGCAGCAGCUUCAAGGUUCUGGAGUAAAGACUCAAACAGGACUUUCCUAGGGCUGCCUGGACUUCAGGAGGACAAAACUGCCCAUAGCUCCUUCCAGUCACCCCUGGAAGUGGCUCCUGGGCUGGUGUUGAAAGCUUGCACCUGAUGCUGGGGUGCCAGGGGUCAGAGGCUGAGGUCGAAAAUGCACGGGUGAGAUUUGUGAGCAGUAUUGGCCUCUGGCCUGGUAGGAGAACACAGAUUUCUCUGAGGCAGAGACUGUAGCAAAGCAGUUCCCUGACAUGUGGGUACAUUGCAAAAACAAAAAGAAACAAACAGAAAAAAAAAGAAAAAAAAAAAAAAGAAAAUGGUUCAAGUGCAAUGACUGUGGCACAGCCUCUGUCUCUGGUCCGUGCCCAUGGCCACAGUCACACAUGCAGCACGGACACAGUUCUGAAUUCAAAAGCAGUUUAAAGGAAACGUUGGGGGAAGUUAACUCCAAUCUCUUUAUAGGUCAGGUUCUCAGUGCGUUCUGGGGAGGGCUUUAAUCCGUUACGAUCAUUCCAGUCACAAGCAGACGAGCGCACACGGCUGCCUUUGGGCUUGGGUCGCCACUGCUGCCCUCGGAGCUUUUCCAGGACGGGAGAGUCUCCGCAAAUGCAAACAGCACGGGAGGGGUUGGAGCGUGUGCCUGUGGCUGCAGAGGAUCCGGGGUGCGCUGUCCUGCACUGCUUCUGUGGUGAACGAGUGUUUUUGAGGUCGCUUAAGGAAUCUGUGAACAGGAGCACGGCUGGGGCCGUGCUGCCACGUGCUGGCGUGCCGGGGGCUCUCUGGCUGCUGGUGCUCAUGCACAGGGGAUGGCCGGGGGCCUGAGCAGUCAAGUGAUGCUGCGGCACACGGGGGGCUGCAGGGGGCAGUGGUGGGGUGGAGGGUGGGCACCCUGGUCAGUGCUGAGCCAGAGGCAGUGCCAUGUGGGGUCUUUCCCAGCCACUGUCACUCGCCGAGCGUGGCAGGAGAGCCAGCCCAGACACAGUGCGCUGUGUGUUCAAUUCCAUACGAUUGCCAGCUUCUUUCUCACUUGUUUACUGUAAUAUCGGGCGUGUUUUUAUUUAUCUAAUUUUAUAUUCAGUUAUAACCAUAGUAGGUUAGCUAAUAUAUGACAGGUGUCAUCCCUGGUGCUGCAGUGGAACUUCUCCUUUCUCUUGGAUAACAUAAUGCUGUGAGUCUGUCUCCCCUCUCCUUGCAGAUGCACAGUCUUCUUCCUCUUUUUUUAGGACUGUUACAGAUUUCUCUAAUUCACAAUUGAAAUCAGGUGUUUGUUCAGCCUAGGGGAGACUUUUAAAAUAUUGAAACAAAGAGUAGCUUUCUCACACUGUCUGGCUGUGAGCGUGUUGGGAUGGAACUUGUCACCCCGCAGUUGGGUGUCUGUAUACUGUAUAACAUAGGUGUAAACUUCACUUGGCUUAGCUCUGGAGGUGCAGCCUCCCCUUUCGUGCUCUGAGCAGCACGGGGCAGACAGGCUCUGCCCUGCCAGGCGGCGGGAGGGGGCCAGGGGGGCCCUGCCCAGAGGCUCCAGCACCUUCGGGAGCAGCAGGGGGGCAGGAGGGAGGGACCCUGGAAAGCUCUGGGAAAGGUGGGGGCUGUAGCUUCUUACUCUAGUGGAGUUUUUACACCAUGCUGUAACAUUUGAACUUUCACAAGAGAUGUAAUAAUUUUGAUAAUAAAAAUACUUAACUUGAAAACUAGUAUUGCUGAAUUUCUUACCACCUUGAGCACUGGUGCCCAGGACAUAGGGCAAGAGGGUGAGGGCAUGUAAGUCUCUCUUCCCUGUCUCCUGCAGGGUAAGCAAAUGCUUGCAGGAGCAGCCUUGCAGACCUCCCUGCUGCCUUCUGCCAGGUGAAGCUAGGAGCUGCUGUGGGAGCUGCUGUUCCUUAGGAAAUUACCCAAACUUCUGGCUGGGGUUGUGAGAUUUUUGGCUCUGCUGCUGCCGUUCUUCUUGCUCAAGCUCAUUUGGGGAGGAGAUGGAUUGGGAGGAUGUCUCCUGC